UUCAAGCACACCAGUCGACCACGAGCCGAGCCGAUCCGAUUCAGCACUUGCAGAAUCCCUGCACACAGCGCUUCCAGGUGCACACGUUCGAUGGAGGAUUACACAUACGCCUACAUCUCCGAGCCCGUGGAGUUCCGCCAGCUGGAGGGCAAUGCGAUUGACUUCCGCAAGACAUUCGAUCUGCGGGGCCAGGGCACCGACGAAAUGCUCCAGUUGUAUCUGCGCAAGGCCAAUUUGUCCGAUGAUCUCGAACGUCUGCCGGCUAUUGUGCGGCGCGCCUAUGUCUAUGACAUAAUUAGAAGCAAUAAGGAACCCGGUUACUGGGUGCCACCGUCUAUGCAAGUGAGCAGCGACGUCUUUGCACAUCCACCGUCAGCAGUUCGUCCACCGCCUCAUUACGCCGACAACGUGAGCAUCAACGCCAGUCUAGACGGCAUGAAGAGCUCCUCCUCCUCGAACAGCCUGGACAGGUAUGUGGGCGCUCCGCCCUCGGUGGCCUUGGCGGGUCCCAGCUUCGCCACCAGCGUCUUGGUCAGCAGCAAGGGCUCCAAGUACGAGAUCAGCGGACCAGUCAACUUCCAGCACGUUUCCGGUGAUGUGACGCGGGAUCGCACGCGAAACGCCUUCGACCUGAAUGCCGAUCCCAACGACAAGGUGCUGAGGAAGUACAUGAUGGAGCGUGGCAUUACGGAGGCGGACAUCAGUGACAUGCGGCGCCAAGAAGUGAUUAAGAAAAUCAUUCACUCCAAUUUUACUUGGAUGCCACCAAAAAGUGAUCUUCAGGCGCAGCCAAAGGUUCAAGAUCAUGCCAGGCCGCUGCUCUAUGCCACCAUUUCCACCAAUAACCAGAUUACUCCUCCGCCGUCUCCACCACCACCUCCAAUAGCCACUGCUUCGAGGCCAACGGAGGCACCAAACUUCUCCAACUACGCCUUGCUUACUUCACGGUUUGUGGAUAUCUCCGAUAUGGACUUACCUGCGCCUACGCCGGCUGCACCAGCUCCUUUUCAACUGGCAGAGGUCGGAAGUGUGAUACCCGUCCAAGUGCAGCCUCAGCAGAGUGUGAAACCUAAGGUUCCUCCACCUCCGUCGGCGGUAAUGGCGAAGAACACACAUGGUUAUCCAGCGGCCAUUGACAUUCGUAAGGUGAGGCCCUCUGUGGCGCCAAAGGUUGCGAAUGAGACGUAUGCCACCAUAUCACCGCAACGGAAAGUUGGCUCAAUGCGCGUUCCACCGCCGGCGCCUCCAAAGCCAACAAUAGUGCCUCAUACAAACUCGACGCAUUCCAACGGAUCGCUGUAUGCUGUGUCCCCGGUGCAGUACGCUCCUGUUGCCAAGCCGGCGCCACCAGCUCCUCCUGCCAAGCCGACUUCUAGAUCUUCGGCUGUCUAUAUGACUCCACAAUCAGCGCAGAAAACAAAGAUUACUAGUACUCCGGUGCCAGUUCCACCACCGCCGCCGCCAGCGGCAUCCGUAGGUGUUCCACCACCGCCUCCACCGCAGCCUCCAGCGGCACCAGCAGGUAUUCCACCACCGCCGCCACCAAUGCCAGUCUUAGGCGCGGGAGGCGUUCCUCCUCCACCACCGCCUCCACCAAGUGGCAUGGCCGGCGUUCCCCAACCGCCUCCUAUGCAGAAAUCACAGCCCAAUGCUGUUUCAGCUGCCUCCACAGGCGGAGACCCAAGGGAUGCGUUCUUGGAGAGCAUUCGACAAGGCGUAACGCUAAAGAAAGUGGAUCAGAAGGCGGCCACUAUAAGUGGCAUCAAACCGCGUCCAGAACGUAAGCCGGUGACCACCGACUUCCUAAGUGAACUGAAGCUGGGAAUAACACUGAGACGGGUCAAGAAUCCGGCGGAUAAUCCGUAUUCCGAGGAAUCGGAAUCGCAGGCGUAACGAUUUGGCGGUUAAACUUUCAACUGCGCCGCACUUUACCACACUGAACCAAGCGGCAGGGCUGCCAGACUGAGAAAAACCGCUUUAAUUUUAAUUUUCGCAAAUGUAUUUAUAAUUUUAAUAUUAAUCACCAUGACAAAUGACCAUUAGCGUUUGUAAAUAAAAUUGUUAUCGCCAGA